AGAGAGAUGGCGGCGGUCUAUGAGAGUGCGGGAAAGAAGCACAAGGAGAUGGAGGUGGUGGUGGUGAACAAGAAAGGGGAUGUGACGGGCGUGGCUGCGUUGGGGAAUGUGGAGGAUCCAUAUGGCGAGGAGUUGAAGAGGAGGACGGAGGGGUUGCAGACUGAGGCAGAUUUCUUGGGGUUUUUGAGUGGGUUGCGUGGCGAGUGGUGGAGAAAGAGUAGGAAAAAGAGGAUUGUGAUGGCUAGCGAUUUCGGCCAAGCGUUGCCCAAUGGCUGGAAACUUAUGCUUUCAAUAAAGAAGAGAGCCGGCCGUGUAUGGUUGCACUGCCGCCGAUACAUAAGCCCUAAUCAGUUUGUGUCGUGCAAGGAUGUUUCUUCGUACUUUUUCUCCUCUUUUGGACUCCAACAUAGAAGCCAACUAAGACCUGGUCAUCCUGAUGUCAAUAAUCUGUUGGGCAGGAAAUUGGAUUUUGGAGAUGUAAGUCAGUGUCUAGGAUUAUUGUCUUACCAAUUUUUGUUUCAAUUAUAUUUUUAUUUACAAGGUUUGCAACAGGAUUCUGAAACCCAGUGGCCUGCUCCACCUGGAAAUGAGAGAACUUUUGUUGUUGAGAACAAUGUGAUCAAGGUAUCUUUCCCAUCAGUGGAGGUGCAAAAGCUGGAAAUAGGUUCUGAAAGUGGUUUGAAUGGUAAGGACAAAACAUCUAGUGGUGAAGAUAUUGAGGUUAAAUGUUUUACUAGCACAGUGGGAGAUAUGAAAGUUGAUGGUGGCUAUACAUGCAAGAAUAGUGAAUUGGCAUCUGGUUUUGGCAAUCAUGACGGUGGGCUCAAGGAUGUUUGUACUGAUGUCAAUACCUCUGGUAAUCAUGUAAUUACUGUUGGUUUCGGGAAUAACCAUGUGUCACGAAAUGACAAAGCUGUAAUUGGCAGUAAGCAAGAAGGGGAGUUCAGGAAUCCGUUUAGUUAUUUCAUUUUGGAAUGAGCAAUAUAUUGUUGAAAAUGAUGCGAAUAAGAGUUCAAACUGCACCAGGUAAGGACUAUUUCAGGGAAAAGUGUUUUAAAAACAAUGAAUUUGCUUAAUCUAUUAUCAAGCAAAGUUCUGGCUUUGGAAGUGAUAUGACCGAGGUUUCUACUGGUGCAGUGAAGGGGCUAAAUCCUGAUGAUUUCAGAAACUGUAAAAUUCAUGAGUUAAAUAUUUCUUUGGAAAGGAACAAAACUGAAGUAGAUACUCAGUAUUACUGCUUGCAGCGGGCAGGAAGGAUGUUUCAAUCGUUCUUUACUUGUUUCAUCUACAGAAGAGGAUAGAUAGGGUUUAAAAAGUAGUACAAUGGAUGAGUUUAAACAGGUAACCUGUUCAUCUUAAAGUGGUUUACAUAGCCAGUUUGGCUACAAACAAAGCCAUGAUAAUAUGGAUAAUAAGAAUAAGGUUUCCUGUGGCUCAAUAUAUGAGGCCGAACACAAGAAAGUUAAAAGCUUUGAUUUUGGCACCCAGGCAGGAAUAGAUGCAGAUGCGAGAGGCACUAUGCAGGGACAAAGUUUUGAAGGCUUUUCUCUUGUUCUUUCUGAGAACAAACAAACACCAUCCAGUAACUACAGUAAUUGGUGUUCUUAGCAGCACAGUGGAGGAGCGUAGGCAUGAAAGAGGUUCUGAAACAGGGCGCCGCAUUCAUCUGCUUUUGACCAAAUUGGAAAUAAGGUGAAUAGGGUCUCUACGAGCACAGUGAGGGAGCUACCCAGAUCAGAAGAAAGGAGAAGUUUUAUGGAUUAUGAGUUAACGAUUGAUUUCAAUCAAGUGAGGAUGUCAUGGUAGAAUUAAUGACCAACCUUCUUCACAAGGAUAAACUAUGAGCUCUAAAUUUUCGAGGCAAUGGUGGAGACUGGCUUGAAGACAACAAUGGUUUGCUGAUAACUUGUCAGUUAAUCCACGGUCGUCCCAUCCAAGAGCCUGAUUUUGCAAUUCUGGUAUGCUGCUCUCUUUUGUUUCUCGCUGUAGAUCACUUCGUUCGGAAUUCAUUGUAUGAUGAGUGGUUUUGUGGGCUGACCUGGAGAAAAUUUCUCGCGUAACCUGUCUCGUUCUUAUCUUGAGGUCUCCAAAUUAACUUUCAACCGUGCCAUUAUCUUUA